CGAAAACAACAGGCCCAUUGUGCGGCGGCGCCUCAAACAGUCUCUCAGACUCUCACAGUCUCGCUCGCAUUUUUUCUCUUUAUUUUUCAACAAUCCUCGCCUCUCCCUCGUUUCCCCCUUCUUUCUCUCUCCGUUUACGCUUUUUCACUCGCUCACUUGCUCAAUCACUGUCGUGCUCUCUCUCACUAUAUUAGGGUUAGGGUUUUAUACAAUUUCCCCAAAUUCACUUCUCUCAAUCCUUUCUCUUUCUGGAAUGCUUCUAAAAUCUAAUUUUCUCUGUCAGACUUGCCAAUGUACGGUCAUUCCCAUCAUAUGAACGUUCAUAAUCAGAUCGCUGCUCCUGCCGGCGAUGACGAAGACGCUGCUGCUGCUGACUCUAUUGAUCAUCAUCACAUUCGUUAUGAAGACGGAAACGCUACUGGUGUUGUUGUAGGGGAUGUCUCUUCCGAUUCUGUAUAUGUUCCUAGCAAUGGCGCUGGCUCAGAGCUCGCUGUUCAUCGAGGCGAUGUCUCCAGCCAACUCACAUUGACUUUUCGGGGUCAAGUUUAUGUGUUUGAUGCUGUUACUCCUGAUAAGGUUCAAGCAGUGCUUUUACUGUUGGGAGGAUGUGAACUAACUUCUGGACCGUUGGAAAUAGCAGCUCAAAACCAGAGGGCUGCAGUGGUGGACUUUCCAGGACGUUGCACUCAACCCCAGAGAGCUGCCUCAUUAAAUAGAUUCAGGCAGAAGAGGAAAGAGCGAUGCUUUGAUAAGAAAGUUAGAUACAGUGUUCGUCAAGAGGUUGCGCUCAGGAUGCAGCGCAAGAAGGGUCAGUUUACUUCUUCCAAGAAGUCAGAUGGAACAUAUGGUUGGGGUGGUGGUCAAGAUUCAGGACAAGAUGACAGCCAGCAAGAAACCUCGUGUACACAUUGUGGCAUUAGUUCAAAAUCAACACCAAUGAUGCGGCGGGGUCCAUCAGGCCCAAGGUCCCUUUGCAAUGCCUGUGGACUUUUUUGGGCAAACAGGGGGACGUUGAGAGAUCUGUCCAAGAAAACUCAGGAACAUUCUGUGACGCCAAUUGAACAGGGUGAAGCUGAAGCAAAUGACUCAGACUCUGGUAAUGCUAUCCAUACACAUAGCAAUCAUGUUACUUAUUAAAUCGGUGAUGAUUCAGCUUCAAUAGUAGAUUGAUCAAUUUCCAAGUUGUCUUAGCAAGAAUGCCACUGCAGUUGGCACUGAUUCAAGUUGAAGGUUUUCUAGAAAUUUCUUUCAGCUAGUUUUCUGUCAUGUACAGAUAUUAUAGUGUCAUCAUCAAUACAUGAGGUCAUCUCGUCCUUCGAUCACUUCUUGAGGAUUAUAUGACGAGUGUAUCACAUAAAGCAUCUCGAUUUAUCAUUGGUAAUUUUAUAUGCCAAAUGCCUUUAAUA